AUGAUGGAACCGUACAAGAAUGUGCAACCUAAACCAGGAGAUCCCACAACAACUACAAACAUUACCGUACUUGGAGCCGGGUGCGAAGUUGGACGCUCCUGUGUCUUUGCCGAGAGCGGAAAAUGCAACGUUAUGUUCGAUUGCGGUCUCCACCCCGCUCUAUCGGGUGUAGGGGCUCUGCCGGUCUUUGAGGCAAUCGACUUAUCGAAGGUGGACAUCUGUCUUAUCACCCACUUCCACCUCGACCACUGUGGUGCAGUACCUUAUCUGCUAUCGAAAACUGCUUUCAAAGGACGCAUCUUUAUGACAUACGCAACAAAGGCCAUAUGUCAUCUUUUGUGGACUGACUAUGCGCGUAUGGAGCAGUUGCAGACUGUCAAAUCGAUAUUUGAGCGGACCGGUCCGAAUAACGAGGAAGGAUCCGAGCAAAAGGAGGGCAUCAUGGACGAACUGAUCUGUGGUUCUGGUCUAUAUUCCUUUGAAGAUGUGGAAUAUGCACUAGAGAAGAUAGAAACCAUCGACUUCCAUGAGGAAAAGGACGUAGAUGGAAUCAAAAUUUCGUGUUUUAGGGCUGGACAUGUACUCGGUGCCUCCAUGUUCCUCGUGGAAAUGGAUGGUGUGCGUAUUUUGUACACAGGCGAUUAUUCAACAGAAAUAGACAGGCAUGUACCAUGUGCCGAAAUCCCUCCCAUUAAUGCGCACGUGCUCAUAUGCGAAAGCACGUAUGGCAUACGGAUACACGAGGAACGUCUGCAACGUGAGCGACGGUUUUUGAGGGUGGUAAUUGAAGUCGUUACGAGAGGUGGUAAGUGUCUACUUCCGGUAUUUGCACUUGGCAGGGCGCAAGAAAUACUUUUAAUUUUGGACGAGUACUGGGAAGCUAACCCCAACCUUCAAUCUGUUCCCAUAUUUUACAUAUCGCCACUGGCGCAAAAAUCACUCAGAGUUUAUGAAACAUUUGUAGGACUGUGCGGAGACUACGUCAAAGAAUGUGUCCACAACGGAUUAAAUCCAUUUAGCUUUAAGUUUGUCAGGUACGCAAAAACGAUUAGUGAAAUCUCGCAGUACCUGAGGUCGGAUGGCCCAUGUGUGGUUAUGACGUCACCAGGAAUGCUGCAGGGGGGGCCGUCGCUACAGAUUUUUGAGAAAAUAGCAUCGGAUAAUAAAAACGGAGUCGUGCUGACGGGAUACACCGUCAAGGGUACUCUCGCAGAUGAAUUACGGCGAGACCCUGACGUAAUUAACGUUGGAAACAAAACAAUCAAGCGGAAGUGCACUGUAGAGCAAAUAUCAUUUAGCGCCCAUGCAGACUACCACCAAACUAAAGAGUUCAUACGCGAACUAGCGGUGCCAAACGUCAUUUUAGUCCACGGAGAACGAACCGAAAUGGCACGUAUGCGUGACAAAUUGGCAGAGGAAAUAAGUGAGAUUUCAGUUUUCAUGCCCGAAGUUUUGCAAGUUAUUACACUCAACUUCACACCAGACACGACUAUCCACGCUGUCGGAGAACUGGCACUAGACGCCAAAGACAUAGCUGCGAAGGGCGCCGUGCCAAAUGAAAACAAGCAAAUAUCAAGUGUUGUCAUUGUAAAUGACAGGGGGGCUAGGAUUAUGUACGCCGAUGACAUAGAACAAUGUGCGUCCCUGGAGCUCAGCGACGUAGAGCAAGAAAUGACAAUCGAAUUUAACGGCACAAUUGAACACCUACAAUCAUCUCUGAAAGCGAUUUAUGACAGCGUGGAAUACGUGUCUGGCAAAGAGUUGAUAGUCGCAGGGGUAGUUACUUUAGUUGUUUCUGACGGACACAUGACCACGAAGUGGAUAACUAGCCCAGUGGCGGAUCUUAUUGCGGACAGUGUAAACAUGAUAGCCAUACAGCUUAUUGUAAAUCCGAGAGAAAGUAUGUCAGCAGCGCAAGCUAACAAUGUUAUAAUGGAUAAGUCUGUCUUCUUCCGCAUUGCUCGGAAGCAACUGGCCGCCAAAUUCGGAGAACCCGUUGAACUGGAUCUCAAGGAAGAAAAGGCAAAUGACAAUUAUGAUAAAACUCACAAAUUUCUCAUUCAAAAUCCUGGGGUCGAAAAUGCGGGCGUCAUAGUUUUGGAUGUAAAUCUCUCCACAUGCGAAGUACGUUAUUACAUAAACGACAUAAUCACCUUCUCAGGUAACAUGCGAAGACGAAGAGGCAAAGAAACAUGCCAUCGGAAUUAUAAACGCAGUUAA